CAUUUUUCAAAAAAUGGAAACUUCAAGUGCUAAUGACAUAAGAAAUAAGGUUGACAGCUCUUUUGUUGAAUCCUUGCCUGUUUUAAUGGAUAUUUUAAGAAUACCAAGUAUGUCAAGGGAAUUUGAUUAAGAGUAUUUGAGUAAUGGAUUGCUCUUAAAGACUGCAGAAUCCUUUGAAAAAUAUAUAAGAAAUGCCAAUCUAAAGAGUAUUUGUUAUGUUAAUCUAAAAUAGAUGCAUAAAUAAAUCUUUUUAGUGAUGAUGAUUAUUCUCCAUUUUUGUUCGUUGAGGUUGAAGGCUCAGAUGGAAUGGCCGAUGGCACUGUUUUACUUUAUGGACACAUGGAUAAGCAGCCACCUUUUACUGGAUGGAGAGAGGGAAUAUCAGCUUAUGAUCCAAAAAUAAUUAAUGAAAAACUUUACGGUCGAGGAGGAGCAGAUGAUGGUUAUGCAAUUAUGGCAUCUGUUAUUGCGAUUAAGACAAUAUAAGAGCUUGGACUAAAACAUCCAAGAAUAAUAAUGGCAUUCGAAGCUGAUGAAGAGAGUGGGUCUCAACAUAUAUAUCAUUAUUUAGAAUAAUUAAAAGAAAAAAUUGGUUAAGUGGAUUUAGUGAUUGCUUUGGAUGCUAGUUGUGGGAGUUACGAUAGACUAUGGGUAACAACUACAUUGAGAGGAAUAGUUGUCGGUACAGUCACAGUUCAGGUAUUAAAUGAAAGUGUUGAUUCAGGAGAAUCAGGAAUAAUUCCAUCUUCCUUUAGAAUUUUAAGAUAACUGUUAAAUAGAAUUGAAAAUCCAUAGACUGGAGAGGUAGUUGAUGAUUUUCAAGUUAUUAUUCCUGGAAAACGAUAUUUAGAAACCUAAAAAACUGCAGAAGUCUUUAAAGAGGUGAUUACUAAAUUCCCAUUCCAUUAAAAUACUUAACCUGUUUAUCAAGAUCGUUUUCUAGCAUAUUUGAAUAAAAUAUGGAAGGCGUAGUUAUCAGUAAUUGGUGGAGAUGAUUUGCCUGAUUCCAACUCCGCUGAAGAUGUUAUAACACCUAAAACUACUCUGAAAUUAUCAUUAAGAUUACCACCUACUAAAAAUCACUAAGAAGCUAAAGAAAGCUUUGUUAAAUUAGUAAUUUUGAAAUUUUAAUUCUUUAGUUAACCAGAAAUGUUCCAUAUAAUGCUUCUGUCACAAUCACUGGUUUAAGAUCAGGUUCUGGAUUUAAUGCUUUAGACAAUCAGCCCUAUUUAGAUUCAAUUAUUAAUUAAGCAUCACUAAAUUAUUAUGGGAAUGAAGCAUCCACUUUUGGGGAUGGAGGAGCCAUUUAUUUGAUGACUCAUUUAUAAGCCAUUCAUCCUAAGGCUUCUUUCAUAAUUGUUGGAGUCUUAGGAACAGGCGCUAAUGAACAUGGGCCUAACGAAUGCUUAGAUUUGCCCAACGUUAAGAAACUUAUAAGUUGCAUUACCGAAAUCAUAUCAAAUGUUUAACCUCAUAUCAAAAAAUGA